AUGAACGAUAAUGAAAUUGAAAACUUGAAAAAUGAGUUAGAACUCGAAAAGACGUGCAGAGAAUCAGCUGCGUGGCAAAAUGGCGAAUUAGAAAAACAAAUUGUAUGUAUACAAGAAGAGUUGCGUAAAGGGGACUAUCCAUGGGACUCCGAUGGCGAUUUACAAAAAGAGAGCUUAAGGCACAAGCACUUAUUAGAAGCUAUUGAUUCCCUAAAAGUGCAGUUGCCUAUUUUAAAAGAAAAAAUAAAAGGCGCUAGAAUUUGUGGACCAGACUGUAAAUUAAAACAUGAUGAUCUAAAUAUUAAUUUGGAUAUUCUAACUCCGGCUGAGUUGCUACGUACUGUUAAACGUUUUGAGAGAAUUAAAACCGAUUUGCUAAGUACACUACGAAGCAGAGAAUGGAGACUGGAUUCCGAAUCAAAGUUGUUCGUAAGAGUUAACGAUCAAAGAACGUAUUUGCAAAACGAAUUAAUGAUAUGUCAAAAUAAUAUUAUGCGCUUACAGAAGAAUGGAUCAUAUUGGCAGAACAUACCUCGCAAAAACGACGAAAGAAUUUUAGAUCCAAAGCGAGGACCUAUUAAGAAAAUCUUCGGUAACGUGCGACUACCCCCUAUUGUGACGUAACGUAACAUUUAACACAAAUUAUUCAUUCUUCGUACUUCACGUUAUAGUUGACGCAUAAUAAGUUUUAGCACUAAGCGUCUGGUCCUACGAGCCAGCAUAAGUAAAAAUAUAUAGGAAAAUAGAUUAAAUAUAUUACUAAUUAAACAGAUUUAAGCGCGGUUCUUGUGUUUAAAAUUUUAAAGGCUUAUUAGGAAAACAAAUCGUUUUUUAAAUAUAGGAACCGCCAUAAUUAUGCUUAGUAAUUCAUACAAACAAAUGUUAUGUCAUGUAGGAAAGAGAGUCCAUUAAAAUAUAUAAAAAAUUACUCAAAA